AUGAGCAGAAACAACAGAUACCGAGGAUCGUCCAACCGGGUCAUUCAGCCCCUUCCUUCGCACGACACGCUCACGUAUGCGUUUCCGUCCCAUCCGAGUCUUUCAAGCUCGACAAUCGUCGAUACUCAUACACAUCUCGUCCUGGCGUUUGCGGCAUACCGGUCGAAGUACCCCUCAGGUUGGUACUCGAACAUAUUCGAACUCGAGCAAUUGGGUGGCGUCAACUAUUGGUUUGUCAUAGGCGUGCAUCCGUACGUUUUUCUUGCUUUCCCUUGUUCGGAGGAUGCUGAACAUCAUUGCAGCAUAGCUGCUCUCAGCCACCCGCUUUGCGUCGGUCUCGGCGAGAUAGGACUGGAUUAUCAUUAUAAUCGCUCACCUCAUGCUGUCCAGAAAACCGAAAGCCUCACGAUCCAUACACGAAAAGCCGAAGAACAUACAGAACAGAUAAUGAAGGAGGUUAUUCCCAAGGACCACCCUGCCCAUGUUCACUGUUUCACCGACUCCCCCGCCUUUGCCCUCCGUCUUCUUUCUCACUUCCCAAACCUCCACAUCGGUAUCACUGGCGUUCUGACGUUCUCGACGAAUUUGAAUACUGCGUCAGAUGUGCUGGAAACGGACGCGCCAUGCAUGGUCCCUCACUCGUUGAUGAUUCCCUUCACCGCUCAAUACGUUGUGUCCGUCUUGGGUGAUAGACGGGACACGAAAGGGGUGUUGGCUGCAGGAAGGGAGGGUGCCAGAAGGAUUUACGGUGUUUGA